UGCGAGGCCGAGGAGACAGAUUGCCCUCAUCAUUAUCUCCCGGCUCGCCAAUCAAAGCGAUUCCCUUAUUUACCUCUCCGAGGAGAAAGCCCGCCGGCUGCCCCGGAGGGACGGCAGAGCAGAGAGGGCCAGCCGUCACCCAGCCCGCUCCCGGCCGCUUGCCCCGUAGGGACGCCCCCCGCCGCUGCCCAGGAUGGCCACGAUCACCUGUACCCGCUUCACGGAGGAGUACCAGCUCUUCGAAGAACUGGGCAAGGGCGCCUUUUCCAUCGUGCGCAGGUGCGUGAAGGUGCUGGCAGGGCAGGAAUAUGCUGCCAAGAUCAUCAACACCAAGAAGUUGUCUGCCAGAGAUCAUCAGAAGCUGGAGCGAGAGGCUCGGAUCUGCCGUCUUCUGAAGCAUCCCAACAUAGUCAGACUCCAUGACAGCAUAUCAGAGGAGGGGCACCACUACCUGAUAUUUGACCUGGUCACAGGUGGGGAGCUGUUUGAGGACAUCGUGGCCAGAGAAUACUACAGCGAAGCAGAUGCCAGUCACUGCAUUCAGCAAAUCCUGGAGGCUGUCCUACAUUGCCACCAAAUGGGUGUGGUGCACAGAGACUUGAAGCCGGAGAACCUCCUGCUAGCUUCCAAGCUCAAGGGAGCAGCAGUGAAGCUGGCUGACUUUGGCCUGGCGAUCGAAGUGGAAGGGGAGCAGCAGGCCUGGUUUGGUUUUGCAGGGACUCCAGGGUACCUCUCUCCAGAAGUGCUCAGGAAAGACCCCUACGGGAAGCCUGUGGAUCUGUGGGCUUGUGGUGUGAUCCUGUACAUCCUAUUGGUUGGGUAUCCCCCAUUCUGGGAUGAAGACCAACACCGACUGUACCAGCAGAUCAAAGCUGGGGCCUAUGAUUUCCCAUCCCCCGAGUGGGAUACGGUCACCCCUGAAGCAAAGGACCUCAUCAACAAGAUGCUGACCAUCAACCCCUCCAAGCGCAUUGCGGCCGCCGAAGCCCUGAAACACCCCUGGAUAUCGCAUCGCUCCACUGUGGCUUCCUGCAUGCACAGGCAAGAGACGGUGGACUGCCUGAAGAAAUUCAAUGCUCGGAGGAAACUGAAGGGGGCUAUCCUCACCACCAUGCUGGCCACCCGAAACUUCUCUGGAGGGAAGAGCGGGGGCAAUAAGAAGAAUGAUGGCGUGAAGAAAAGAAAGUCCAGUUCCAGCGUUCAGUUAAUGGAAUCCUCUGAGAGUACGAACACCACCAUCGAGGAUGAAGACACCAAAGUGAGAAAACAGGAAAUUAUUAAGGUGACCGAACAGCUGAUUGAAGCAAUAAGCAACGGUGAUUUUGAGUCCUACACGAAGAUGUGCGAUCCCGGUAUGACGGCCUUUGAACCCGAGGCUCUAGGGAACCUGGUUGAGGGCCUGGAUUUCCAUCGAUUCUACUUUGAAAACCUGUGGUCCAGGAACAGCAAACCAGUCCAUACUACCAUCCUGAACCCGCACAUCCACUUGAUGGGCGACGAGUCGGCCUGUAUCGCCUACAUCCGCAUCACGCAGUACGUGGAUGCGGGUGGCGUGCCCCGUACCGCGCAAUCUGAGGAGACCCGCAUCUGGCACCGCCGGGAUGGCAAGUGGCAGAUCGUCCAUUUCCACAGAUCUGGAGCGCCCUCCGUCCUGCCGCACUGAAGCGAUCUGUCUGUGAUUGGCCGGGUUUGUCACUGCCUUGCUGCAUUGUGAAGACCCCAUCCUCUUCACCAGUGGAACGUGGCUGCCGGUUCUACCACUUGGAUCUUGCUGGAAUUCCCACCGUCACCUCCAUCACAGCUGCCACCUGCCGCCUCUCCCCCAAGCCAGGAAAACUUGACCCUCCCCAUCAAACCACCGCACACCCAGAGAGUAAACGACAACAGCCCUUUCUUUGUCAUUUUUUUUUCCCUCUCUCCCUUUAGCUUUGCAAUCGGCUUUGGAUUGUGUUGACUAGUUGGGCCCACGGGUCACUCCUGCUGCUUCCCACUCAAGACUGUCAGCCCAAACUCCAAAAGAAGAGAACGCUGGGAAGAGAAUGUCUUUAGUUAACCAUCCCCUCCCGAACACACACACAUACACACACUCUCGCACGCACAGAGUCCCAAAGGCUAUCCAGAUGAUAUCACCUAGGUUCCAGACUAGUACUGCUUUGUUUGAAGACGCCAUCUCUAUCCUCUCACUGGAGAUGGAGCAAGAGCGAGGAAAUGGAGCCCAUUGGAGCCCCAAGACUAUCUCACGUUGGAUCCAAGGAUGACAUCGAGACUAGGUGACACCCAGCCCUCCUCCACUCUCCCAACCACUCCCUUCUCCAACUGGGAGAAGGACAUCUGGUCACUGAUGGAGUAUCUGUUCCCUUCAUCUCUUUCCUCUAAGUUCCCAAGGACAGAGCCAAUGGGCAGGGAAAUCUGCCUGUCCACCCAAGCCGGGCCCACCUCUCUCUCUCUCUAGGGCUGUUACACCCAGACUGCAUUUUUCCUGACCCUAAAAGAGCAGUUCAUCUUUCUUUCUUCUAGAACCUGCUCUGGACCAUCCUGUGUGCCCUAUCCUCUCUUUCCUGGUGGCCUCAAUUUCUUUCCCAUUGUCCGUCAGGGCUUGGUUGAUUUUUGUCUUCAGGAAACUAACAGAAUGCUGGUGCUAAAGAGGGGUCCUUCUUUUUUCUUUUUUUUUCAAUUGAGCUGUUUGCUUCAGAAGUUAUCCACUGAACCAUCUUUCCAGCAAAGAUUGAGAAUUCAAGCUAUAGUAACCCUCGAGAGGAAAUCUGAUUGUGUUUUGAAAAAGAGAAAAGCGACAUUUAGGUAUCUCUUCUACUUUGACCGCAUGCCUUUUUAUAGCCAAACUUCCGUGUAUUUCGUCAAUUGAUUCCGCGUAUUUGCUGAAAUGGAUCUUUAUGUAAUAACUAGAAAUCUCAAAUGAUUGCGGGGAGGGGAGGGUGACAGGGAGGGGAGUUGUUUUUUCAGUUGAUUCUUUUUCUUAACCUCUGGAGCUGAGUUGGUAGACUCUCUGUGGAGGAGGUGAACUCCGAGCCCAGGGGUAAACAAGAACUCGGACUUUCCCAGCUCCACUCUGGGUUACCUCGUGGGUGCCAUUUUGGACCAGUCAAAGAGGGUUGGAACGUCAGAUGUCAAUAUUGACUCAGAAAAAAACAGACCGGAGGGAUUUUCUGAACGGAGAGGGGGCUGUGUGCCCCUCCACGCAGGGCUCGGCAGUCAUCAGAUGGACAGUGAGAGGAACCAACCAAACUUCCUCAUUCCCACAGGCUUGUCCAAGCCCUUGACCUUUGUCAUGAGGCAACAUGGGGGAUGAAUGGGGGUGUGGCCCUUCUCUAGCUCCACUUCAUGAUGGGGGAAGGGAUAGGGCAGAGAGCACCAAGCCUUGCCAUUAGCCCUUUCCCUUUGGGUUGAGCAGUUGGAGAUAUAGUGUUGAAUAUUUCUGUUCUUUAUCUUUCCUUUGGUAACCCCCGAGUUUCUCUCUCUCUCUUUUCUGCCAAUUCCCAUUUCCCCAUCUCUCUCUUUCUCUGUCUCCCCUUCUCUCUCUAUCUCUUUUUUCCUCUUUCUUUUCCACCUGGGGUUGACUCUUUGACGUGAGGUGCUUUUGGGCUGCUGCUGUCUGCAUUUGUCCCUUGCAUGCCUUUCCACUUUAUAUGCAGUAAGUAUAUCUGAAAAAAAAAACAACAAAAAACGACGACAACAAAACCAUCUGAUGCGUUUUGGACAAAAACAAAAAAAGAGGUUGUAUUCUCAGUGUCAGCCUUUGAAUUGUGUUGCUGCCUUUUCUGUGGUUCUCAAAGUGCUUCACUGACUCUGUGCUGCUAUGUUUUGCCGACGGGAGAAGAAUUCCCAAGGGCCUUGGGAGGGAGUCCCGGCCAAUGGGAGACAUUGGGCAGGUUCCAGGGACAUCUCCAGGCUCAUCCGUGGGAGUUCAAGGAUGGAGAGAGCAGAGGAAGGAUAAGGGAUUUCUCUGAUGGGGAAAACCUUUCAAGUAACUCGGAGUCAAUAAGAGAAAUUCGGAAAGGCUGGGUGCUUUCCAAUUCUCCUCUUCCCCCGACUUUCCUCUGCAUGGGCCCUCCUCCCUCAUGCCCUCCCUCAUUAUGCUCCUGUCUUGGGGCUGUGUGUGGAAGACAGCACUGGUCUGAGCUGGAAAGUAGAGGAAGAGGCCUCAGCCUUGAGUUGCAAACACAGUCAUUGUGAGGAAUGAUGAUAGCAAUGGAGGCUACUGGUUUGAUGGGGUCCCUGUAUCUGGUGGCUAAAGGCCUCCUCAUCCCUCCAGCUUUGGGGAAGUGCCCUUGGUCUGAUUCAGACUCAGUGCCCACCCAACUGCCCCACGAGGGCCUUGGGACCCAGAUCGCUUAAGCGGCUCUGGUGGUUGUGAGUAUCUCUUAGUGGGCAGUGUCUUCCGUGGCAUCCAGGCAAAUCCUGCCCCCCGGGUAGGGUCCUCUGGAUAGCUUCCUGUGCAGCUCCCCUCUGGCUCCCCUGAUUGGACUCCAAGCUGUGCACCCUGAGAGAGGCCGAGACCUGGUUUCUCUUGUCUUCCAUUGAUGUCCCCUCUUCCUGCUGCCUCCCCAUUCCUUUCCUCCCUCCCUGCUCACCUUUCGACCACCUUGUAUCACAUCCGUUUUCCAUAUCUGUGCACUUGGCCUCCGAAAACAGCUGGCCCUACCGCUGCAGGUCUUCCUUAAGCAUUACCAAACCUGGCACCCUGCAGCACCCAUUAGGGGUGCCUUCCGACGCUUCCCCUCACCACUCCCCUUCACCAUUCCAUCCCCCUUGGAGGUGUUCCUGAGCUGCCCCCACUCCCUGAAUUCCCUAUGCACCACCCCUGCACAGCCCCUGCCUUUUCAUUACCUUUGGUUCCUUCCCAAAGGUCCCAAAGCCGACCUUGAGUUCUGCUUCUGCCCCAGUCCCCUGCAGAAGACUUCAAGCAGCUAACUAGGGUGGGUCAGUCCCAGGGGUUACAGACCUUAAUCUCUACCCUAUGGUAGGAUGGGGAAGAUGGGGAAGGACCCCCUUCCUCGUGUCCUCCCUUGUUCCUGCAGGGGCAGCAGCAUCAUUUGGUCUGCUAGUGGGGCAGGGGCCCCCAGGUUAUCUCUGGGGGAGAUAAAUGAGCUGGCAGGCUCCCAUCAUCUCCUCCUCCUCAGGCUCCACCAUCUAAGUUGCACACUAGCUAGCCACAGAUGGACAGAAGCAGCAAGAUCUCACAGCUCUGACCUCUUGCCUGCAAAUCCCUAGCUGGAGGAACCUCACCUGUUCCCCUCUCUCACCUUCCCUUCCAUGCCCCUUUGGGAUAGACUACUCGAAAGCACCUAAUAUCACCCAUGGAUAGGCCGUGGUCUUUAAAUGGCAGCGCCGGGGGCGAGGUCAGGGGGACUCAGUGGGAACAGUUGCUGCCCAGGAGUGGAAAGUGGAUUGUCUUUGUAUCCCUGCCCUGUGGCCAAGAAGUCCUGAAGAGGUGAGGGCUUUAGGAAGCUGGCGUGGGGGUUGGGGGUGCAGUGUGGCCUCCAAAGUCUAAUCUCUGCGCCUUGGCUUGGGUCGCCCAUAGCAGGUCAGCUCCUCUGUCGGAUACGGGUCAUCUUUCUGCCAGAUACUGGGAGCCCGAAGCAAGAACUUGAACUCCAGGUUAGGGGCUCUUCCUGUUCUUCCCUAGCUCUGGACUUGCUCCCUCCACAUCUUCCCAUCAUCCUUCCUCCUUUCUCCCCUCCCCACCGGGCUCCCGUGGUCUGGUGCUUCCCAGAUCGGGUCCCUUGUUAUAGCAAAAAAGGGUGCAGGGGUGCCCAGGCAGCUCUAGGGAAGCACUGGGCUCCCUUCCCUAGUCUGCCGGGGCAGGGGGCCAAGCUGCCCGGCUGCCAGCGGGCCAGCCCGACUCUCGCCAAACUCCUGGCUGUGGUGGGCAAGACAGCUCCAAGUCUGUCGUGUGGAUUGGGGUACAAGCCUAGACCCCUCCCCUGUGCCCACAGAGAGCAGUCGGGGCCAGACGAGCAUGCAUACCCCGCCCUGAUGCCCAUCUACCCCAUCCCAGUGAGCUUCCUUCUAACCUCAGCACUCAUGCUCUGAUUCCCUCCUCCUCCCUUUUUCCUCCUCCCCUGCCCCGAGAGAGGCCAGCCUCCCCCUUCCCGAGGAUGGUGGGCUGGGAGGGUCUUGGGGUCACUGGGGGUCCUUUUUCUAGCUGCUACCCACCAGAGGGCUUCUGCAAUGACUCUGGGACAGCAGGAACUGGGACGUGGAGAAACCCAAAACCCUCAGAAGACACAGCCGCUCUCUGUGGGGCCUCUUGAUUUCACAUGGCUGCAAAAAACCCGACCUGGGUAGUGUAAAAGGAGUGGGUGGCCCCAAGCCCCCCGUCUCUCUCCUGUUUGGAGCUGGCGGCGGUCCGCAACGGGGCCCCAGGGAAUCUCUUUUGUGCAGGGAGUGAACAAGCCCUGUUUCCCCAGCGGCCCCGUGUGAACCUGUGGCCUGGCUGCCUGCCAACUGGACGAUCUCUGCUCGGAUUUUCUGCUAUCGGGGUGGCGGGGGGGAGUGGGGAGGGAUGGGUUGUCAGUUUUAUUCUUGGUGUUUCCAGUGCAAUAAAUAGCUACAAACUUCUGUGCAUGA